UCCCCUGAGGGUUCCUCAUCUCAGUUGGCACUGAGGGACACCCCUCACCAUCCCUGAGGGCUCCUCAUCCCGGUCGGCACUGAGGGACACCCCUCACCAUCCCUGAGGGCUCCUCAUCCCAGUCAGCACUGAGGGACACCACUCACCGUCCGUGAGGAUUCCUCAUCCCAGUCGGCACUGAGGGACACCCCUCACCAUCCCUGAGGGUUCCUCAUCUCAGUCGGCGCUGAAGGACAUCCCUCACCGUCCUCAAGGGCUCUUCAUCCCAGUCAGUGCUGAGGGACACCCCUCACAGUCCCUGAGGGCUCCUCAGCGCAGUUGGCGCCUCGCGCCACCCCAAAGGAGGCUGCAAUUGGAAGCUCAGCUCUGCUCUGGAGAGACUAAAACCAUGCAGAUUCCUCUUCUCUUCUACUAUACCUACACUUGCUUUCUGAGAGACGGGUUUUAUAUUUGUUCUCUUUCCCCGAAAGGAAGAAAAAGAAGAAAAGCAGCCCUGGCCUGGCAGGUCUCUGGCGCUGAGGGCCCUGUCCCCGCCAUAGCAGGUUUGGUGUCCUGCCCAUUGUGCCCCCUCACCGUCUCUGGUGGCCCAGCCAGGCCAGCUCGGCCCUGGCCUUUUCCCUCAGAGCCUUUUUGCGGAGCUGGAGGAGGGUGGCCUGGUGUCGAGCCCGCAGCUCCUCUCCCCUCAGGCACUGCUGCGCCAGGGCCAGGCUGAGGCGGCAGAACGUGCUGGAGCCUCCAUAGAGUGGAAUGGCUGCGCUGCACUGGGGACAGAGCAGAGCAUCAGAGUCACUGAUAGAGGGACUAAAAGCCAAAACCACCUCGAACUCAGAGAAAAACACCCCUCAGACUGUUCCCAGAGCUGGUGUUACCUGGCUGUCACAGCUAGCCUGGUCACUGCUCUCUCCAGAGCUGGCCCCUGCACAGGUCUCCCCAUGGGGCAGAGCCACCAGAGGUGACAACAGAUUCGCAGUUUGAUGGUUGUGCAGUGGCUCCCUGUGAUCUGCUGCCAGGGAUCCUAAGGAAAGGAAUUAACGUCACUAUAAAUGAAAUAUCUGUAACAGAAGGAAAAAGAGACCAAAAAAACCAACUCCCACAGUACAAGUUAACGUCCAUUCCCGAAUUCAAGGCACCUUCGUAAAGACUUGGAAGCCAGGCCCAUGCACUGCCCUCAGAGCCGGAGGAGUCACCCCAUGGCUGUUCACUCACAGGAGCAAGAAUGGAGGCAUCCUGCCUGGAACUGGCCCUGGAAGGAGAGCGCUUGUGCAAGGCUGGGGACUUCAAAGCUGGGGCAGCCUUCUUCGAAGCAGCAGUGCAGGUGGGGACUGAGGACCUGAAGACUCUCAGUGCCAUCUACAGCCAGCUGGGCAAUGCCUAUUUCUACCUAAAGGAGUAUUCCAAGGCCCUGGAGUACCAUAAGCACGACCUGACCCUGGCCAGGACCAUUGGGGACCGCAUUGGAGAGGCCAAGGCAAGUGGCAACCUUGGGAAUACCCUGAAAAUACUCGGGCAGUUUGAUGAAGCUGUGGUUUGUUGCCAGAGACACUUGGACAUUUCUCAGGAGCAGGGAGACAAGGUAGGUGAAGCCAGAGCACUCUAUAAUAUAGGAAAUGUUUACCAUGCCAAGGGAAAGCACUUAUCAUGGAACAUGGCCCAGGACCCAGGCUCCCUCCCUCAGGAAGUCAAGGAGACACUGCAGAAAGCUUCAGAAUAUUAUGAGAGGAACCUGUCCCUGGUGAAGGAGCUGGGGGACAGAGCUGCUCAGGGCCGUGCUUACGGCAACCUUGGCAACACCCAGUACUUACUUGGCAACUUCAGUGAAGCCAUAGCCUUCCACAAGGAGCGCCUGGCCAUUGCCAAGGAGUUUGGGGACAAGGCAGCCGAGCGCAGAGCCUACAGCAACCUGGGCAACGCUCACAUCUUCCUCGGCAGGUUCGACAUCUCUGCGGAGUACUACAAGAAAACACUCCAGCUCUCCAGACAACUCAAAGACCAAGCAGUAGAAGCCCAGGCUUGCUACAGCCUUGGAAACACGUGCACGCUGCUUCAGGACUACGAAAGAGCAAUCGAGUACCACCUAAAGCACCUGGUGAUAGCACAGGAGCUGGGAGACAGGGUGGGAGAAGGAAGAGCCUGCUGGAGUCUGGGAAAUGCCUACGUCUCACUGGGGAGCCAUGAACAGGCUUUGCACUUCGCAAGGAAACAUCUUGAAAUCUCCCAAGAGAUCGGGGACCGGAGCGGGGAGCUGACGGCACAGGUGAACAUGGCCCAGCUCAGGUCAGCCCUUGGCCUGGGCCCUGGGGAUGAGGACAUGGGUGCAGCUCAUCACUAUGCUGGCUAUGAAGCACAAGGAGCCAGGCCAAAGAGACUCCAAAGGAACAGCAUGGACAGCUUAGACCUUCUCAAGUUCCCUUCUGAAAAGGACCAGAAUGGGGACAGCCACCAUGUGGGAGACCUGAAGAUCUCGGGAAAAGAGUUCCUGUCGUUACCUGCGAGGACGAGGAAAUACCGGGAACACCAAUCCGGUUCGGAGAGGAAGUCCCAGGGACCGAGUGCAUCACCCUUGGAUGCUGGUGAAGUCCGAGUCCAGGUGUCACAGACGAAAAUCAACCGGACCCCUUCGGAUGAGGAAUGCUUCUUUGACCUGUUGAGCAAGUUCCAGAGCAACCGGAUGGAUGAUCAGCGCUGCCCGCUGGAGGAGUGCCCGUCGGAGGCUGCGGAGGGAGCUGCCACCCCGGUGCCUGCCCUGGGAGAGCGGAUAUCACAGUCUGCCCUGAUGGCGUCUCCGCAGACAGAGGAGUUCUUCGACCUCAUCGCCAGCUCCCAGAGCAGGCGCCUGGAUGACCAACGUGCCAACGUGGGCAACCUGCCGGGGCUGCGGAUAACCCACAACAACCUGGGCCACCUGCGUGUGGAGGGGGACGCCCAGGAGCCCGGGGACGAGUUCUUCAACAUGCUCAUGAAGUGUCAGUCCUCCAGGAUCGAUGACCAGCGCUGUGCCCCCCCUGACUCCAUCCCCCGGGGUCCCACCAUGCCGGACGAAGACUUUUUCAGCCUCAUCCAGCGUGUCCAGGCCAAGCGCAUGGACGAGCAGCGGGUGGAUUUGGCCUCGGCCCAGGAGGAGGCCGAGGAGGAGCAGCACAGGCCUGGUUCCAGCUAAGAACUGGGCUUUGGUCUGGGGGGGUUGUUUUGGCUUUAUUUGGGUUUGGUUUUUUUUUUUUAAAGAAAAAAAAUGUGAGUGGUUUCAAACCCGAGGGCUCCUGUGCUACCACAGACUUGUCCCAGGAGCCACCCCAGGGAUGUGGGAGCUGCACCUCUGUCCUGUUGCUACAAGAAGGCCCCGUGGAUAUGGGGCACAAUUUUUAAACAAGGGUUUUUUUUAGGACACACGGCCCCUGUAACACUGGGCACGAGGGAAGGCUUUGGCAGCCCCUUUGCUGAUCACCUAAAAACCCAGAACUUGUAGGAGCCCAGAGGGGGUAGUUAACUCCAGCCUUGAUGUCUUUUAUUUCCACAACACUUUUAAUUAAACGGGGGAAGGGAAGAGCACCUUUUCCAUUUUGAAGGCCUCCUGUACUGCCUGCAUCACCAGGUGACACAAAUGACUCUGGAUCCUUCCCUGGAACGUCUUGCUCAGCUUUGUUCCUUCUACAGGAGAAAAUAAGCCCAAGUCUGAGGCCCUACCAGUUCUUUAAAUCUUAUCCCACCCCAGCUGCAUUGUCGUCCCACACACCUGAGUGUAUUUUAGGUUUGCUGAGGACUCUGCAGAGCCCUGGACACCUCCCUGCUUCCCCAGCCCCGGGCAGAGCUGUCCUGGGACCUCUUGGGCAGGAGCAAACCUCGCUCACACUGAGCUUUAGUGGGACUUGUUACCUCUGGAGCUCGGCCAGCUGUGCAGGCCCAGGGCAGGGGCUGUGCCUGGGAGGGGGAAGGUCUCUGCUCAUGUGUUCAGCCCAUGGCAAAUGUGGGCAGCUCUGGUGUCACUGAGCCGAGGUCUCAGGCAGGUGAGGGUGCCUGAGGCAGAACCUGCGUGUGACAGGGACCCGCUUCGACAGCCAGCAAAGCUUUCUGCCCACAGCUUGUCCUUCCUCCCUUCUGUGUCCAACAGCAGCUCGGGAUAAUGGCCCUUCAGCCUCCGUGUUUCUCCCCAAACCAGUGCUGAGCUGCUCCUGGCCCUGGCAGAGCUGCUCCAGGAAAGGCACCUCCAAUACCUGGAGCCUCAGGGGAGCCCCAGCCACAUUUACUGUCAUUCCUUCCCCUUUUGGACCAGUUGGAAAAGCUGCAGGAGGGGAGCAGGGACCUGACUUCAGGAGGUGCAGUAUUUUCCCUUCGCUUGACCAGAGACUAUCUUGGACUUCAGACACUGCAGCACCGAGUUGUGCCGAAGCAGCGACGUUCCUGUAGAGAAUAAAAUCAACACUUCCUGUUUGAAAUGCGUCUGUUGGAAGCAUUCCCAACCAGCAGCGAGAUGUUUUUAGACCAGUGAUGCUGCUCAUGGGGCAUUUUCCCUGCCUGCACUGACCAUGUGGAGUGGUAGCUGCAUUUUACCUGCUACCUGGGAGCACUCACCUGCUGCACGGACCACUUGGCCAAGGCUGGGCCUCCUUCCUGGGGCUGGGAAGAGCUCUGGAGAAGGGAGAGGAGGACCUGCCCAGCCACCUUUGUACCAGCCAAGCUGGCAUUUGUAAAAGAGGAAAACAUUGAUGAUGAUGACCUGACCAGCUGCAGGCUCAGGCCUGUGCAGCUCUCAGCCAGGUGGUGAACUGGAAUCUGACCAUUAAGCUUUCAGAGGUAUUAUUGAGGUAUUAUUUGCCAUAUACUUGAAUGUAUGAGCUUAUUUAUUUUUUACAUGUGCAUUUGCUAAUGUCAUUUUAAUGGGAAAUUUCCAACCCACAGGUACUUGUUUUUUUUCUAAAAAAUAAUCUGCCAAAUGGAUUAAUAUAUUAGAAAUGAAUACAGCUCAAGGGGAAGGGAUGUGGGGGGGUUGUGCUUAAUAAAUAUUUGUGUCUAAGCUUCA